UUUUUCAGAAGUCAAGCUUUGUAGGCAUGGCAUGACGACCAAUAGCAAACCAACAAGCUUUGUUAAGUGGCGACAAUGAUUACAACCACUUCUUCUGUUCUGCUAUUAUUACUUCCUUCCUCGCCACAACUUCUUCCACUUUUCCUCUCUAGUUGCUACUUCUGUGCUACCAUCAUCACGAGGCAGAAGAACAGAAACUAAACUUUGGAACCCAGAUGAUGUCUUCGGAUUCUGUUCUUCCUCUCCCCGAAAAUCCCAUCAUUGUGGGGUUUGGUGGGGUUGGAGUGGAUUUUCUGGCAGUAGUGCCAUCUUUUCCUAAACCUGAUUCCAAGAUUCGAACCACUGAAUUCACGUUCCAAGGUGGUGGAAAUAAUGGAAAUACUAUGACAUGUGCUGCCCGGUUGGGCUUAAAGCCAAGAAUAAUUUCCAAGGUUUCAAAUGAUGGUCCGGGUAAGACUAUGCUGGAGGAACUAGAAGCUGAAGGGGUGGAUACCUCUUUUUUUGUGGUCUCGAAGGAAGGGACUUCACCAUUUAGCUACGUCAUUGUUGACAACCAAACGAAAACAAGGACUUGUAUAUUCACUCCAGGAUAUCCUGAAAUGGUCCCUCAAGAUCUUCCACGAGCCAAUUUGUUAUCUGCACUGGAUGGAGCAAGAAUGGUCUAUUUUGAUGCAAGGAUGCCUGACAGUGCUCUUGUCAUUGCUCAAGAGGCAUUUCACCAGAAUAUACCUAUCUUAAUUGAUGCGGAAAGGCCUAGGGAAGGAUUGAAUGACCUCCUGAGUUUGGCUGAUUAUGUUGUAUGUUCAGAAAAUUUUCCACGGGCCUGGACAGAGGCAUCAUCUAUUCCAAGAGCACUAGUUUCAAUUAUUUUAAGAUUGCCAAGACUUAAAUUUGCUAUUGUAACUUUGGGAAAAGAUGGCUGCAUAAUGCUUGAGCGAUGUGUGGAUGAUGGUUCUCACAUAGAAGAAAUGGACGUUGAAAGCUGUUUGACAACAUUAAAAGAGAGAAAGGACGAUAGCACAGCCAUGCCAACCUGCAUAGCCUCGCCCGUUACCAAAUUAAGAGCCAAGGGGAUAGAAGAAUCUGUGUGUGGGAGGUUAUAUUAUGGGGCAUCUGAAAAGAUCCCACCAUCAGAGCUUAUGGAUACAACUGGUGCUGGGGAUGCAUUUGUUGGAGCUGUUUUAUAUGCAAUCUGUGCCAACAUAUCACCAGAGAAAAUGUUGCCAUUGGCUUCUUAUGUGGCAGCUGCCAAUUGUAGAGCUCUUGGAGCUCGUAGAGGUCUUCCAUACAGCAAUAAUCCAUGCCUGGCAUCCUUUACUGAGUAGAGCUCUAAACUGUUCAUCAAAAUUUUCAGCGUAGUAUGCAAGAAACAAGGCUUCAGCAUAUAAAUUGUGCUGUUGUAUCCCAGUUUAAAAUUAAUCAUUUAGCCCAACUAUUUUAUUUUUUGGUAGCAAACUGUAAAUUGAAUUGUAUAAUUUCAGUGUGAUAGAUUUGUAGGAUGAUAUGUUGUUGUUGGGAAAAAUUAUGCAAUUUUUCUUCUUCAUAAUCAGAUUUGUAAAAGCUAAAUGAAUGUAGAAUAACAAUAAACACAAUUGGUAACCAAGUUCAGCCAUUUUUUUAGUAUGAGCACCUCAUCCUGAAGCAGAAACCGGAUGAAGUGAUAAUGAAGAAUUGAAGAUCAAUGUGCUUUUCUCUAUAAAGAAAUGUUGAAUUCUUUGCUAGAUGUAUCGCAAUUUGACUAUCAUUGUGCAAAACAUUCUUCACCUGGAUGAAUCCUAACUCCAUUAACAA